AAUUUUUAUUAUUAUUUUGUCAAUCGAUUGAGUAUAGAUGUCUUGGGAUGCUAGAAUGCCUAGACCAAGAUUCUCAGUCAGUGGAAAAAAUCGUGGCAAUAAGACACAAGUAACCAUGACGAAGCCAAUAACAUCAGAUAUUUAUCAAGGAUUAUUUCCAAUUUAUCAUUUGAGCAAAGGUCUAGGACUUUUACCAGUCAGAUUUUUAUCACAAGCAUUUGGAAAAUACAUUGGUCGUAUUUAUACAAUUGACAUUAUAUACGGUGUUUGUCUGUUAUUAUUAUUUAUUGGAGCUGAGAUAUAUGGUCUUCACAGAGACCUGAGAGAUGGUUGGGUCAACAGUACAAGAUUAAAACAUCAAACUGCAUUAAAUGUUACAAUUGGUGAUGUUUUUGCUGUUGCAUUAUUGGCAGCUGUUGCAGUUGCACCAUUUAGAUGGAAAUAUAUACAAGAAAUUAUGACACGUCUUAGUGAAGCUGAUGAAAAAUUGAGUUAUAUAACACCAAGAAAAACAAAAAAAUUUGCAAUAAUAUUAACAGCUUGUGCUUUGUCGUAUUUAAUAUUUAUAUCAUGUCUUGAUGUAUAUUCUUGGGAUCGACAAACAAAAUUAAAAAGAAAAAUGCCUGAUAAAGGGCCAAUUAAUUAUUCACCAAUAUAUUUUUUAUAUAUUCAAGCGAUGAUGAUUGAAAUACAAUAUACAGUUGCAACUUAUAAUUUAAAUGAACGGUUUUUAAGGCUUAAUAAAAAUUUAGAGAGUUUAUUAAAAUACAGUAAAAAAAUGAUGAAAACAAAUUUUCAUUUGAUAAGAGAAACAAGAGAACAAAGUAAAUUAGCUGGAUACUUGAGAUCAGAUAAUGAAACAAGGAAUGUUGGAAGAGCUAUUAGAACAACAAAAAUAUCUGACUGGAUAACUAGUGAUGGAGAUGAAACUCGUGAUAUGGUUGAAUCAAUAUCACAAUUAAUAACAGUUCAUUCAUCAUUGUGUGACACGAAUAUAUUGAUAAACAAAGCAUUUGGUUUACCAAUUCUUGUUGUUGCAAUAACUUGUCUCCUUCAUUUGAUAAUAACACCAUAUUUUUUGAUGAUGGAAGCAAAUUCAGAUCGUGAAAUGCUUUUUAUAAGUGUACAAUUACUUUGGUGUGCUCUUCAUGUAUUUAGAAUGUUAAUGGUUGUUCAACCGUGCUAUGCAACAACAACAAAUUCAAAAAAAACAGCAAUUCUUGUUAGUCAAUUAUUAAGUACCACAUGGGAUUCAGAAAUUUGUAAACAACUUGAAUAUUUUUCACUUCAAUUAAUACACAGACCAUUAGAUUUUUCUGCUUGUGGAUUAUUUUCAUUGGAUCGUGGAUUAGUUACAUCUAUGGCUGGUGCUGUUACGACGUAUCUUGUUAUUUUAAUCCAAUUUCAAAAAGCUGAUGAUACCAAAGACACAAGUAAUAUGCUAAAAAAUGCAACUUUAUUAUUGAGAAAUGUCUCGUCACUUCACAAUUCAACUGCACUAAGAACUUUUUAAUGCUAAAAGAAAAA